AUGAAAACCAGUUUUCCUAAUAAAAGCUUAGAACAACGUCUUCCGGUAACUCAAAAUGGGAGACUGGUAGGUCCAGUUGACAAGCUAGAACAGUUUGGUUUUGAUGAAGGCAACAAGCAUUCAAGAACCACCAAGAAACUAGAUCCUCUUUUAACCAUACAAAUUAAUGAACACCUGCCUGUUCAAGAACAGCUGGCAAACUGCGGUGAAGAUAACAUAAAGACACCUGUGGAUCGAUGUCUACCAAAAGUUGUCAUCACACCCUCUCCAGGUCAAAAACAUGUUUUAGGAAACAAAGACUGUACCCUAGCAAAGAAUGCCAGCCCAGCCACUGCUUGCAUAUCCAGCUGCCUACAGGUCCCUGAACCUGUUGAUAUUACUAAAGUGAAGGCCUCCGUCCCUGGUUAUGAAAGUCCCAAAGCUGAGCAAAUGGAGAAUAUUUGUGAUGCGAAAUCUCCUACACAGAGAACCC